ACUGGGCCAAAAGAAAUCAGAGGUUACCAGCAGUCCAACUGCCCAGCUGCAUCAAACACAGCUGGACUCCAUAUUUAUGCUGUUGGAGGACAAUAUUGUCACUUUUGUGAAGAACGAGCUGAAGAAAAUGCAGAGUAUUCUUAGUCAAUAUGACUCAGAGGGUAAAAAAGGUCACAAGGAUGUGUUAGAUGGGGAUGAUGACGAGCAAAGGACGAGCAACAGAGAGGCAAUUAUCAAGAUCACAGUGAAUUUCCUGAGGAUGAUAAAGCAGGACGAGCUGGCUGACCGUCUGCAAGGCAAACACCUUGCUGCAGUUUCUCAAAAGAAACUUAAAUCUGGUUUGAAAAAGAGGUUUCAGUGUGUGUUUGAGGGGAUCACUAAAACUGGAAGUCAAACUCUUCUGAACCACCUCUAUACAGAACUGUACAUCACAGAGGGAGGGACUGGAGAGGUCAAUGAUGAACAUGAAGUCAGUCAGAUAGAAACAGUAUCCAGGAAAACAUACAAACCAGAAACAACAAUCAGACAAGAAGAUAUCUUUAAAGUCCCACCUGGAAGAGAUCAACCGAUUAGAACAAUACUGACACAGGGAGUGGCUGGCACUGGUAAAACAGUCUUAACACGGAAGUUCACUCUGGACUGGGCUCAAGGCAAUACCCGCCAGAACAUCCAGUUCAUAUUUCCAUUCACCUUCAGAGAGCUGAAUGUGCUGAAAGAGAAAAAGUUCAGCUUGGUGGAACUUGUUCAUCACUUCUUCACUGAAACCAAAGAAAUCAGCAGCUUUGAAGACUUCCGGGUUCUGAUCAUCUUAGAUGGUCUAGAUGAGAGUCGACUUCCUCUGGACUUCACCAAAAAAAAGAUCCUGACUGAUUGUACAGAGUCCACCUCAAUGGAUGCUCUGCUGAUAAACCUUAUCAGGGGGAAACUGCUUCCCUCUGCUCUCCUCUGGAUAACCACACGACCUGCAGCAGCCAAUCAGAUCCCUCCUGAGUGUGUUGGCAUGGUAACAGAGGUCAGAGGGUUCAGUGGCCCACAGAAAGAUGAGUACUUCAAGAAAAGAUUCAGAGAUGAGGAACAGGCCAGCAGGAUAAUCGCGCAUAUGAAGAAAUCCAAAAGCAUUCACAUCAUGUGCCACAUCCCAGUGUUCUGCUGGAUCACUGCUACAGUUCUGGGUGAUGUGUUGAAGACCAAAGAGGGAGGAGAGCUGCCCAACACCCUGACUGAGAUGUACAUCCAUUUCCUGGUGGUUCAGACCAAAGUGAAGAGGGUCAAGUAUGAUGGAGGAGCUGAAACAGAUCAACACUGGAGUCCAGAGAGCAGGAAGAUGAUUGAGUCUCUGGGAAAACUGGCUUUUAAUCAGCUGCAGAAAGGAAACCUAAUCUUCUAUGAAUCAGAUCUGACAGAGUGUGGCAUCGAUAUCACAGCAGCCUCAGUUUACUCAGGAUUGUUCACACAGAUCUUUAGAGAGGAGAGAGGGCUGUACCAGGAGAAGGUGUUCUGCUUCGUCCAUCUGAGUGUUCAGGAGUUUCUGGCCGCUCUUCAUGUUCAUAGGGCAUUCAUCAACUCUGGUGUCAGUCUGAUGGAAGACACAAAGUCAUCUAAGAAAUAUUUAUUAUCUAAGAAACCUAACUUAAAGCUUCUUCAUCAGAAAGCUGUAGACCAGGCCUUACAGAGUCCAAAUGGACACCUGGACUUGUUUCUCCGCUUUCUCUUGGGACUUUCCCUACACAAUAAUCAGAGACUGCUACAAGGUCUGCUUACACAUACAGGAAGUCACUCCCAGACGAAUCAGGAAACAGUUCAGUACAUAAAGGAGAAGAUAAGUGGAAAUGUGUCUGCAGAGAGAAACAUUAAUCUGUUCCACUGUCUAAAUGAACUGAAUGAUCAUUCUCUAGUGGAGGAGAUCCAACAGUCUCUGAGUUCAGGAAAUAUAUCGAUAGAUAAAUUGUCUCCUGCUCAGUGGUCAGCUCUGGGUUUCAUCUUGGUGUCAUCUGGAGAUACUUUGAAUGUGUUUGACCUGAAGAAGUACUCAGCUUCAGAGGGGGUUCUUCUGAGGCUGCUUCCAGUGGUGAAAGCCUCCAACAGAGCUCUACUGAGUGGCUGUAACCUCUCGAAGAGAAGCUAUAAAGCACUCUCCUUAGUUCUCAGCAAUCAGUCAUCCAGUCUCAGAGAACUGGAUCUAAGUAACAACAAACUGCAAGAUUCAGGAGUCAAGCUUCUACGUGAUGGCCUGGAGAGUUUGAACUGCAAACUAGAAAUUCUCAAACUGAGUGUCUGUAGCCUCUCUGAGAGAAGCUGUGAAGAUCUGUCCUCAGUUUUAAGCUCUCAAUCCUCUAGUCUCUUAAAACUGGACCUGAGUAACAACGACCUUCAGAAUUUAGGGGUCAAGCUUCUAUCUGCUGGACUGGAGAGUCCAAACUGCAAACUAGAAAUUCUCAGCUUGUCAGGCUGUCUGAUCUCAGAGGAAGGCUGUGUUUCUCUGGCCUCAGCUCUAAGCUCCAACACCUCUCAUUUGAAAGAAUUGGAUCUGAGCUACAAUCAUCUAGGAGACUUGGGAGUGAAACAACUGUUGGCUGGAGUCAGGGAUCCUUGUUGGAGACUGCAAAUUCUGAGGGUAGAGCCUAUUGGAGUCCAAUGGUUGGAACCAGGUCUCAGGAAGUAUUCCUGUCACCUAACAAUUGACACAAACACAGUGAGCAGGAACAUCAAGCUGUCUGAAAACAACAAGAAAAUGACACGUGUGGAGGAGCUUCAAUCAUAUUGUGAUCAUCCAGAAAGAUAUGAUGUUCGUCAGGUGCUGUGUGAACCUUGUCUGACUGGUCGCUGUUACUGGGAGGUCCAGUGGACAAAAGGGGUUUAUAUAUCAGUGAGCUACAGGAGAAUUAGAAGGACAGAGGACAGUGAAGACUGUUGGUUUGGGGGGAAUAAUUGGUCCUGGAGUCUCAGAUGCUCCGAUGUUCAUGGUUUCUCUGUCUAUCACAAAAACCAAGAAACGCAUAUAUCCUCCUCCUCAGACUGUAACAGAGUAGCAGUCUAUGUCGACUGUCUUGCUGGCAUAGUGUCCUUCUACAGAAUCUCCUCUGACUCACUGAUUCACCUCCACACCUUUAACACCACAUUUACUGAACCGCUGUAUCCUGGGUUUGGGUUUUGGGGAUUUAGUUUUGGUUCCUCAGUUUUUUUGUGCUAA